UUAUCAAGUUCACACAGAAUGGUUUAUAAGACAAAGGGAAAGCUAGGAGGUUCAUUCUUUCUCUGAUCUGAGAGCCGCAGAGAGAGAGAGGGAGAGAGAGGAAGAUGAAGAUGAAGAUGAAGAUGAAGAUGGGUUCUGCAACACUGACGCUGCUCGCUAUCUUCUUCAGCUCAGCAUGGACGGCUUCUGCAGACGGUGAUGUCCAGGAUUGUCUCCUGUCAAACGGUAUCGUAGUUGAGGACGGAAAAGAGCUCCCACUGCGAUGCGCAAACUGUUCCUGUUCGAAGGGUCGGAUGUCGUGUUUCCAAACUCACGAAUGUCAAGGGGUGUGCUCAGUAACCGGAUCCCAGGCGAUCCGCACCUUCGAUGACUCCACUUUCACGAUUAGGAGCUUCUGCGCGUAUCUCCUGGUCAAGACCGACGCAUUCAGUGUGAUCUUGAACAACGGGCCCUGCAAAGAGGACCCCAGAAAGAUCUGCAUCGACAGUUUGGAAUUCAACUUCCAGGGGAAGAUAGUGAUCACCAUUAACUCUACAGGGGAGGUGACAUCAUCAAAAGGGGACACAGUGAUGCCAUUGCACUACGAUGAUUUGCUGACGGUCAGAAAGGUCUCCUCUUUGUUCAUGGAGGUUGCCACGACGAUAGGGGUGGUCGUGCAGUAUGACAUCAUAGGGGGGCGUGUCUAUGUGAUUGUGGAUCAAGUCUACCUGGGGAAGACCCAGGGGCUGUGCGGCACUUUUAAUCACAACAGCAAUGAUGAUUUCAAGUCUGCUAAUGGCUUGGUUGAAGCGAAUCCACAGUAUUUUGUGGAUUCGUGGAGGUUUCACAGUUCCUGUCCAAAUUUGCCCCCCCCUAACCCAUCGGAGUUGGAUGGUUCAGUAGGUAACUGUUCUUUCAUCGAGUCUUCUUUCCCGGACUGCGGGCUGGUGAUGAAUGUUGAUCGUUACCGACAGGAUUGUGAGCGCAGCGUUUUCAACCCCAUGUCGGCUGUGCUUCCUUCGUGUGUGAUCGCAAAUGACUUCACACGCCACUGUGCCUGGACAGGCAUGGCCGUCAACUACGCUGAGUGCGAUGAGAGACAGUGUGGUCAGAAUGCUGUGUACGUUCCUGAUGGUAAAGUGUUGCAGCGUGACUGUCGCUCCUUGACUGACUCUCUGGUUCCUGUCGUCAGUGAGGCUCUGUACACAGCGGGCUGCGUGUGCCUCCCUGGCUUCUACUAUGACUCUGUAUCCGGGAAAUGUGUCUUACCGAAAUCCUGCCCGUGUUACAGAGGCAGCACUGUCUUCCAGCCAGGAGAGCAAAUCAAUAAGAAUUGUGUCUGUGGUUCGAAUUGCCCGCCAGAGGAAGACAUUCCCUGCACGCUGGCUCCUGACGUCUGCCUCAAACACGAAGUCUUUGAUGACUGUGCGGGCGGGACGAGGGGGAAGGCUUGUGAGCCGAACUGCCAGAACCUGGGGCUGCUGGAGGAGCCGUGUCCCACGCAGUGCCAACCAGGAUGUGUGUGCAAACCUGGAUAUGCAAGAUUGGAUGGUGUGUGUAUCUCAAUGAGGGAUUGCCCCUGCAAGCACAGAAAUGAACUCUUCUACCCUGGGGAGAGUAUGACAGUGGACUGCAACACUUGCACAUGUUUGGAGGGGAUAUUUAAAUGCACCACAGAGGACUGUAACAUGAUCUGCAACGUGUACUCCCAGUCUCAAUACGUGCUCUUCGACCAGUUCUGGGAGAAAUAUCCGAGCGGAGACUGCGACAUAGAGCUGCUAGCUGGCAGCGACCAGGGUGCGAAACGCUUCUCUGUGUCUGUGAAGCAGGAUCGCUGCGUGGAGCACGGGGGCGCGGUGUGCAGGAAAAGGGUUCAAAUCCAGUUCGGCUCCACGGUGAUCACCAUGAAGGGGUCGGAUAUCGAAAUGAAUGGCACUGAUGAUGGAGAUGGUGUUCACAUUUAUAAAGCUGGAUUUUAUAACAUUGCUGUUUCUAAAGCUGGCUUCACUGUUUACUACGACACCCACUUAGACAUCAUCAUUGAACUCAGCCCAGCACACAAAGGAGCAGUGUCAGGUAUGUGUGGAGACGCUGAUGGGAGCACCAGAAGGGAAUCUGCAGUGUCUGCUUUGGAUUUCGGGAAAAUGAACCUUCUAACAGAGUGUACAAUUCCUCCGACUCCCUCGACCACAGAGGAACACACGAAGUACAUCGAGUCUCGCUGCAGCAUCUUGAGAAGCAAAGAGUUUGGUCUCUGUCACGCAGAGGUUAACGUUGACUCGUAUUACUCUGCCUGUGUGGAGGAGUCCCUCCUGUGUAAGGACGGGGACUCUUGCCUGUGUUUCUGCACUUCAAUAGCAGCGUACAGCAGAGCCUGCUGCAGGAAGGGCGUGCCUGUAGAAUGGAGAAACGCUGAUCUGUGUCCGGCUCCCUGUGAAUACUACAACAGAGAGUUGGGUGAAGGCCCCUUUGUUCUGGCUGCUCUCAGCGGCCUCGUCGUUGUCGCUGACUUUGAUACGAAAUUGUUCAGCAUGCAGCCUUACGAUGUGAUCCGAUCAAUCAAGCAAGCCUUCAUGAUAACGGAGGGACUUUACAAAGACCCUUACAGUUCUAAGAGGUUGGUAUCAUUCGAAUCAAUCGAUCACCCCAAUUUUUUCCUGGUUUACGGUGACGAUGGGUCCGUCUCCCUAAAACAGUGGCAGUCCGGGACAGAUUUCCGAAAGCACGCCACGUUCCUGGUCCGGAAGAACAGGUGGACAAAGGGAUACGAUGGCUACGAGUCCUACGUGACCCGCGGGAAUUAUCUCCAGGCCGGAGACGACGCAGGAGUAACUGUGAGCAACUACAUACAGGGGCUGGGCAACCUGAUGAGCUUCCAGACCAAAGUGGAAUCUUUCAGUCUCCCCAAUCGAAAACUCUGCACCUGGUCCUACAUGUCCUGCCACUCCCCCCUGUAUUAAAACCUGCCGGGACCCCACAGGAAAAAAUUGCACACUCAACCUCAGAAUUGAAGGCUGUUUCCCUGAAUGUGCUCCAGACAGAGUCUUUGACGAGACCACACACAGAUGUGUCUACCCUACAGACUGUUAUGAGGUGCCUCCAUCCCUGACCACGCCUCCUCCAACCCUGACCGCGUCCUC